CGAACUCACAUCUUGCUCUUGAUCCUGGAUGGCGCAAACGGGCUCUGUGGUGACUUACACUGGUCAUUUGUACCUGAGACAGCGUCUUGUACUUGCUAUUCUCAGUGGAAAGGCAAUUCGUGUAGAGAAGAUCAGGUCCGACGAUGCUAGUCCUGGCCUAACAGAAUAUGAGAUUAGUCUCCUCAGGCUUAUAGAAAAGAUAACCAAUGGAAGUGUAAUAGAGAUCUCCGUCACUGGUACCGCUUUCAUGCUCAAGCCGGGUACCAUCGUCGGCGGCUCUGUUGUGCACGACUGUCCUUUAAUGCGCUCUGUCGGCUACUUCCUCGAGCCGGUCAUCAUGCUCGCACCGUUUGCCAAGAAACCCUUCCACCUUAAUCUGCGAGGCGUUACAACUGAUGACAACGACUUGUCCGUCGACCUGAUACGAACUGUAACGUUACCCCAUCUCCAGCUAUUUGGGAUAUCUGACGGUCUAGAAUUACAAAUAAAAAAGCGUGGCGCUCAACCGAAUGGCGGCGGUGAGGUACACUUCCUGUGCCCCGUUGUCAGGCAAGCCAAAACCUUGAAUUUUAUCGAUCCUGGAAAAAUCAAGCGGAUUCGGGGAAUCUCACAUGCGGUCCGAGUCAGCCCUCAGUUCUCAAAUCGCAUGAUAGACUCAGCACGCUCGGUCCUCAACCGCUAUAUACCCGAUGUUUAUCUUUACUCUGACGUGUAUAAAGGCGAAGAGAGUGGCAAGUCACCUGGGUAUGCUUUGAGCCUUGUAGCAGAAUCUACCACGACUGCAAUGCAUUGCUCGGAAGCCGUGUCCAAACCCGGAGAAACACCGGAGGACGUUGCAUUGGGUGCGGCACAUGCUUUACUUGCGGAAAUCAGGCGGGGCGGUUGCGUCGAUAGGAAGCAUCAGUCUCUGGUGCUACUGAUGAUGGUUCUCGGUAGUGAAGAUGUUGGUCGCUGUAGAAUGGGCGAGCCAUCUCCGCGAACCGUGCAGUUCCUGCGAGAUGUUCGAGAUUUCUUUGGGACGACUUUCAAGGUCGUUCCGGCGGAUUCGGAUGGCGUGCCAAAUUCACAUCUCAUUUUUUCAUGUUAUGGGACAGGAUAUAUUAACGUUAACCGGACAAUCACUUGACCUUCAAGGAUACUGGUUAGCCUUACAGUCCCACGCCCUUAGUUGAAAAGUAUGAUACACAUGCUACGGUAGCCUUUGCCUAUCGAUAAAUAAUCAAAACUUUGCCAAAGUCUCCAUUACCGUCGCCUCCACCUAUUACUGUCAGCCAUUGUUGGAGCAUCGGCCAUCCCGCUUCAAAUAUCGUCGAAAGCUCGUCAGUGUGAUGUUCACCAUCCAGAUACUUGGCCAAGCCCUGAGGUGGCACCAAGGGACCAUUCUUAGUAUCAGUAUGAUGGAAAGGGAUUGAUGGUGUGUACAGCUGGAUUGACGGGGUUGACGGAGACCGCGAGAGACGAGGGCGGGAAAUGGCAGAAAUUUCGGCAUGGCCAGCAGGAAUGCUUUGUGGACCGGCGGGGGCCAAAGAGGGCGCAACUGCUAAGGGUUUUGACUGCGAAUAUGAAUUGCGCAGUCUCGGUUCCAAAGUCGCAUGGCCCCUACGGGGGGAUAUGUCAGGUGCAUCCAGUUCGAUUCGAAGUGGCGUAAUGGUUGAGCUAGAUUGCUGUACAGCUUUAUUGUGGAGUCUCUCAAGAACCCUUUCUGCUGCACUCGUACGCCGCGAACUAUGUGAAAAAUCCAGCUCGUCGAUAUCUUUCGUGGGUGAGCUAAGCAUGGCCUCGGGCAUGAUGGAUAUUAUGUUUGAAGGGACAUCCGAUAUUCGGCCACUGGCACGAUUCGUCUGGGAGAUGUUCGCCGAAUUGACGGGUGUUGCAGGAUUUGGAGAGCUACCACUUAACCUCCUCCUGCGGACCCGGGGCGAUGGGGUAUCACUUUGUGUGAGCACUGGCCAUCUGUGCACCCGCCGAAGAAAUCCCUUGAUUACGCCAAAACUCACAAAUCGCCUUAUGUCUAUGCCUAAUUCAGCAACGUUAUAUUCUUCCAUCCACUCAAAUACUGUUUUUCCAGGUUUGAGGCGGGAGUAUAAGUGAAGUAGGCGGGGCCAAUCAGGCACUUCUCUCCCAGAUUUUGUGACAUAAGCCCCACAUUCUUCCUUGACGUGAGGCGCGUCCGCUAGCCAUUGUACACUCUUCCUCAACGUGUACAUGUUGCAAUACUGAAAAAUAUCGAUGACCAUAAUAACUUGGUAGUACAAAAGGUGAGAGAUGGCCUGUCUCGUCAAUUCCAAGCCACAGUCAGCCAGUUGACUUAUCCGUUUGACGUGGUUCACGCCGUCAAUGUAUUGACAAACCUUGUUCAUGGUAAGAUCCCAGUUCUCGUCGACUCGCUUGGACAGGUUGAUCAGGGAUACCGGAACCAUCCAGUCCUUGACAGGAGGUGGAUUUGGAUAAAACGGGAAGAUCUUCAACUCGAUGGAAUUGAACAAGUCAAUUUGAAUGGAUGUCUCAGAGUACGAGUUGAGGUCCUCAUACAGUUGCUCAAGGAUAGCGUGCAUCGCAGUUGAGCUUUGAGACGAGGACAAAAAGGUAGAUUCCUCCUGUAUGGUGUUGAAACACAGAUCAAUGAGAUGUAGUAUCUGCUCCGAACCUCACAUGUAGUUAGGACCCGGCUGACUUUGCGGACGAUUGGCUCGUAGCAGCUUAGAUCCGCAGUCCGCUCAAAAACAAAGCAGACGUUGUAUCUGAAAUAAUUGCGCUCAUAGUUUCCGAGUAGCGCAACAGGAAAGCCGAUUAUG